AUCUACAACCCCUCACACGUGCCAAAAACCAUUGCUAUAAAUAAUCAACUCUAGGUUAAGCUCUAAUUCAGUAAUUCCUCAUCACCAUCCAUCACAUCGUUUUCUUCGUCAAAAAUCAAUUUAAAAAGCAAAAAAAAAAAAAGGAAGAAUCGUCUUCUUCUCUUCAAACGAACGCCUUCUCAGAUAUCCUCUUUGCACACCCGAUUAGCCCAGCGAUCAUGGCUCAAACCGAUCUCAAUCAGCCGAAACUCGAUAUGACUAAGGAGGAGAAGGAGAGGUUGAAGUAUUUGGAGUUUGUGCAAGCCGCUGCUGUUGAAGCAGUGCUUCGCUUUGCUCUCAUUUACGCCAAGGCUAAGGACAAGUCUGGUCCUUUGAAGCCAGGUGUUGAAUCCGUCGAAGGUGCUGUCAAGACUGUUGUCGGUCCUGUCUACCAGAAGUACCACGACGUACCCGUUGAGGUUCUCAAAUACAUGGACCAGAAGGUUGACAUGUCUGUGAAUGAACUUGACCGCCGCGUCCCACCAGUGGUCAAGCAAGUCUCUGCCCACGCCAUCUCAGCUGCUCAGAUCGCACCCGUCGUGGCACGUGCCUUCGCCUCCGAGGUUCGACGUGCUGGAGUUGUGGAAACCGCCUCUGGGAUGGCUAAAUCCGUCUACACCAAGUACGAGCCUGCGGCUAAGGAGCUGUACGCGAGCUACGAGCCGAAGGCAGAGCAGUGCGCCGUUUCGGCUUGGAAGAAGCUGAACCAGCUCCCUCUGUUCCCGAGGCUGGCUCAAGUCGCUGUGCCGACGGCUGCUUUCUGCUCUGAGAAGUAUAAUGAUACGGUGGUGAAGGCGGCGGAGAAAGGGUACAGGGUGUCGUCGUACAUGCCGUUGGUUCCAACGGAGAGGAUCUCGAAGAUUUUCUCCGAGGAGAAGGCUGAGACGGCCAAGCCUGUGGAGUUUCAUCCUCUUGAUUGAUUUGGAGGGGUUUGGUAGUGUGUUGUUUGGUUUGAUAUGAACCGGAUCUUGGUUAGCAAGUUGUCCCUGGUUCUGGCUGGUUCUUUUGUUUCUUUGUCUUUUUAUUUCCUCUGUUUCUAUGAAUUUUCGUUUUAAUAACACAAACUAAUGUAAAAUCUACGUCGGGAUUAUUGUAAAAAGCUUUUCUUAAUUUGUUUAUCCUGUGA